GCGCGGGCGGGCGGCGCGGCGUCCUUAUCAAUGGGCUGGGCGGCUUAGCGCGCUGCCACCUCUUCCGAGGAGAAGCAGUCCCGGGGCUCGCCGCGGCUUAGGUGGCCCUGCCAUGGCUCCUCCGGCCGCGGCUGCCGGCCGGGGCGCGGGACCCUGCGGAGGACGCUGAGCCCCCGGGCCGGGGGUGCGCACAGGUGCGCGGCCGUCGAGGCGCCCACGGGGAGAGCGCGGGGCACCAUGCGUCCCCGCCCGCUGCUGUUGCCGUUGCUGCUGCUGCUCGCCUGCGCUGAGCACACCGUGGGCGCCCUCCCCCGACUGUGUGAUGUGCUCCAGGUGCUUCGGGAGGAACGGGACCAGUGCCUGCAGGAACUCUCCAAAGAGAAGCAGGGAGACCCGGGUGUGGAGCAGCCGGCCCCAGGUUGCGAGGGGCUGUGGGACAACAUGAGCUGCUGGCCCUCCUCUGCCCUGGGACAGACUGUGGAAGUGGGGUGCCCACAAUUCCUCCGGAUGCUCACAGGCAGAAACGGCUCCGUGUUUCGAAACUGCACAGAGGACGGCUGGUCAGAAGCCUUCCCUAGGCCUGACCUGGCCUGCGGGGUUAAUGUGAACGACUCAUCCAACGAGAAGCGGCACGAGUACCUGCUGAAGCUGAAGGUCAUGUACACCGUGGGCUAUAGCUCCUCCCUGGUGAUGCUCCUGGUUGCCCUCAGCGUCCUCUGUGCUUUCCGGAGGCUCCACUGCACCCGCAACUACAUCCACAUGCACCUGUUUGUGUCCUUCAUCCUGCGUGCCCUGUCCAACUUCAUCAAGGACGCGGUCCUCUUCUCUUCGGACGAUGUCGCUCACUGUGAUGCCCACAGGGUGGGCUGUAAGCUGGUCAUGGCUUUCUUCCAGUACUGCAUCAUGGCCAACUAUGCCUGGCUGCUGGUGGAAGGCCUCUACCUUCACACGCUCCUCGUCAUCUCCUUCUUCUCAGAAAAGAAGUGCCUCCAGGGAUUUGUUGCCCUCGGAUGGGGUUCCCCAGCUGUUUUUGUUGCUUCGUGGGCCAUCAGCAGGCACUUUCUGGAAGAUGUUGGGUGCUGGGACAUCAACGCCAACGCGUCCAUCUGGUGGGUCAUUCGAGGGCCUGUGAUCCUCUCCAUCCUGAUUAAUUUCAUCCUUUUUAUAAACAUCCUAAGAAUCCUGAUGAGAAAACUGAGAACCCAAGAGACAAGAGGAAAUGAAGCGAACCAUUAUAAGCGCCUGGCCAAGUCUACCCUCCUGCUGAUCCCCCUCUUCGGAGUCCACUACAUCAUCUUCGCCUUCUCCCCAGAAGAUGCCAUGGAGGUCCAGCUGUUCUUUGAAUUGGCCCUUGGCUCGUUCCAGGGUUUCCGUGUCCACCUGCUCUUGUACUGUGUGGGAAGGCUGGGCUCACAAUGGCCCAUUCGGCAGGGCCUGGUGGUGGCCGUCCUGUACUGCUUCCUCAAUGGGGAGGUGCAGCUGGAGGUUCAGAAGAAGUGGCGGCAGUGGCACGUCCGUGAGUUUCUACUGCGCCCCGUGGCCCUCAACUCCACCUUCAGCAAUGGCACCAGCGGCCUCACCCACAGCACCAAGGCCAGCACCUCAGAGCAGAGCGGGGGCACCUGCAGGGCCAGUGUCAUCUGAGAGGCUGCAGCAGGGCCACGCACGGGACAGAGACCAAGAUGGGUCACGAGAAGGCUAGACAUUGCUGCAGGACAGUCCGUAUCGGUCUUCUCAGCAGACAUCAUAGGCUUUUCUCCUGUGACCAAGAACUCCCCUCCUCUGGGCCUCGGGUUGGGGAGGGGGCUGUAGCGAGAAUUCCUCAGAACUGAUCAAAGCACAGGCACCGUGGGGCAGGACGAGGGCCUGGGAUUUGGGUCUGUUGUGUUAUGCGCAGGGCAGUCCAAGGGUUCCAGAAGGCAGGGAAAUAAACGGUAGCUGGGAUGGGUCUGGUA